AUGUCUGGUUUAAAUCUUACUGGUACCCCGACCGGGAGUGGUACGGGUGGCAACACACUCAACACGGACUUGAACACCCAGUUUCAAGCCGCUGACAUGGUGUGGGUCGGCACUGCCGCCGCUUUGGUGUGGAUUAUGGUUCCCGGUAUCGGUCUUUUGUACUCGGGUCUUUCGCGUAAAAAACAUGCACUUUCGCUGCUAUGGGCAUCCAUCAUGGCCGUCGGUGUCGUUUCCUUCCAAUGGUUCUGGUGGGGUUACUCACUGGUAUUCUCGCACAACACCAAAGGGCAUGGAUUCAUUGGUACUUUGCAAUUUUUCGGUUUCAAAGAUGUACUCGGCGCUCCAAGUUCCGUGAGCAGUGUGCCUGAUAUCUUAUUCGCUUUGUUCCAAGGUAUGUUUGCCAUGGUCACCGGUAUUUUGAUGGUUGGUGGUGCAUGCGAACGUGCCCGUCUGUUCCCAAUGAUGAUUUUCUUGUUUCUAUGGAUCACAAUUGUUUACUGUCCGAUUGCAUGCUGGACAUGGAACGCCGAAGGAUGGUUGGCUCACUUGGGUGCUCUUGACUACGCCGGCGGUGGUCCCGUGCACAUCUGUUCUGGACAUGGUGCUCUGAUCUACGCUUUGAUCCUUGGUAAGAGAAAUGAUCCUGUUACCAAAAGUGGAAUGCCAAAAUAUAAGCCUCACUCUGUGACUUCCGUCGUUCUUGGAACUGUCUUUUUAUGGUUUGGCUGGUUUGGUUUCAACGGUGGCUCCGCUGGUAACGCCACCAUCAGAGCUUGGUACUCUAACGUGAACACCAACUUGGCUGCUUCUUGUGCUGCUCUAACUUGGAUGUUCAUUGACUAUUUCAGAUUUGGUCGCAAAUGGACCACCGUUGGAUUGUGCUCCGGUGCCAUUGCGGGUUUGGUCGGUAUUACCCCAGCAGCUGGUUUCGUGCCUAUUUGGGCCUCCGUUGUCAUCGGCAUUGUCACUGGUCUUGGAUGCAACUUUGCCGUCGACUUGAAGAACUUGCUGCACAUCGACGACGGUCUUGACGUGUACGCCUUGCACGGUGUGGGUGGUGCCAUCGGUUCUGUCUUGACUGGUAUUUUCGCUGCUGAUUAUGUGAACGAUUCUGCUGGUGCAGAAGCCGCUCCUAUUGCUGGUGGCUGGAUUAACCACAACUACAAACAAGUGGGUUACCAACUGGCCGCUAUCUGCUCCACUGUUGCCUGGACCUGUACUGUCACCGCUGCUUUGCUUCUCAUCAUGGACAGAAUUCCAUUCCUAAGACUCAGAUUGAGAGCCGACGAGGAAGAACUUGGUACUGAUGGUGCUCAAAUUGGCGAGUUCACUUACGAAGAACACGAAAUGUACAUCCCUGAGCCGAUCAGAUCUCACCAAUCCGCCCAGGUCCCAAACCCUACCACCAUUGAUGACAAGAUUCAAACUGACGACGCUCCAAGCAGCGAUCACACCGGUCAUCCAACCGAAAAGGUUAUUGUUUGA